AUGUAUAUUACAGACAUCGAUCGAUACGAGAGGUCAUUUCUUCAAUUAGUGUCGAGCAGAUAUAUUGCAGCCGUAUUAGCUGAACAUACCCGAUCUAAAAUGGAUCGUUACCUGGCAGCUACCGAAAAGGAAACUGAAAAAUAUACCAUCAUGACAUCGAAAGAUUUACAAAAUAUCAAGAAUUCAGUCAAAUCACAAAUGGCAGCUGAAGAGGAGACCAAAGAAGUGAUUGGUAUGAAACGAAAAGCCGUCGACCCUUUGGAAUAUCAGCUUGAAAUUGACGAACGCAUCUUCUUUGCUGUCAACUUUGACAAGUUUAACAUGUUAUUCAGAAAUGAGUCUGUCGUGGACUUUGCUACAGAACGUAUCAAUCGUACAGCAGGCGAAAUCGUCAAGGCUUUCUUUGAAUAUGGCAAGGAUAAAAUGUUUUCUUUGAAAGAAAACGAUUCACCUUCAGCAACCCCUAUACACAUCGCCAACAUGGUCGCUGAUACAGAUAUUGCUUCAAGAAACGAUAUAAGUCUUCCAAAAGACCCCAUAGAGCCAAAUAAGAAGCCCAGCCUACAAGAGAUUGUCCGUGGAUAUAUCACUUUGUUGAGAACCGAUGCAGCAGGUUUUAUCAAAUUGAAAGACGAAAGAGGCGCUAAUCAGUAUGCCGUCAACUUUGAAAAACUACGUAAUACAAUGAAGCGUAGGAUGUUGGAAGGCCUUAUUAAGGAGCGUUAUGGUAUUGCCACAUGUCGUAUUUUGCGCAUCUUGAUUGAACGUGGCAAACUCGAUGAAACUCAAGUGACGAAACUCGCCAUGUUAAAGGCGAACGAUGCCAGAGAAAAGCUAGCUUUACUCAAGACCAAAGGCUAUGUCGAGAUUCAAGAAGUUCCUCGUUCAGCAGAUCGUGCUCCCAGCCGUUGUUUCCAUCUUUGGUAUGUGCCGUUGGAAAAGUGCUACGAAGAGUUGUUGGUCGAUUGCUACAAGACAGUGUGUAAUUUACAACAACGAAAGACGCAUGAGUUGAAAAUUCGCAAAACAUUCAUUGAAAAGAUCAACAGAAAGGAUGUUGUAGAGAACCCGGAAUUGUUGAGUGAAGAAGAGCAGAAAGAAAUUGCCAACAUAGACAAGAUCUUGGAACGUAUAGAAGUUUCAAAGUCAAGAGUUGAUUCCGUCAUAAUGAUUUUAAGAGACUUUUAA